CUUCCGGCGUACUGUCAGUAUCACCUGGCCAUCUAAAUAAGCCACCGGUGUGCAUGUAAGUAGGACGCCGUAAAAGGCCAGGGGUAAAACACAAGUGUAUACUCAUCCACGUAAAAUACUAACCAAUGAGGGGAAGACACACUGGCAAAACACUCACAGCGUCUGAACGUCUUCGUCAACGGCAUCAUUAGGCGGAAAGAACGCGAUCUGUUAGAAGAAUAUUGUUCUGUUCCCGGUCGGCGUAACGUGGAAAAAAACUAACACGUGUAUUCAAGGAGUUUGCGGAUUCUGCCACCAGUAAGAUAUGAUGGACAUUGAACGCAAUACGUCCUCGAUGGGAGGCUUGACCAGUACGCUUUACAGGAAGAUAAUGGGGAUGAAGUUUUGGUCCUUCGUGGGCGUGCUGGCAGCAGUGGUCUGGUUGCUGUAUUGGUUCAGCAGAACAGUUCUGAGCCCUCCCCACGGUUUUGAUGUAGCCCAGGAGCUGGAGCAACUCAAGGAAGCGGAAGUCCUGGAGAUUUACCACAGCUAUCUGGACAACAUCGAACUGCCAUGUGAACGUAUGCUGCAGGCGGGUCCAGUUGGUGACGAGGGAUGGGAGGUUUGUGACGAUGAAAAGUUCAGACCGGUCAAACCUUGCUUGGCGUACUCCUUCGGUUCACACUGGGGUAAAAGCUUCCAGUUUGACCAGGAUCUCGCUCGGCUGUACGACUGUGAGGUGUUUUCCUUCGACCCGACCAUGAAGCAAGACAAAGAGGUCAAGGCCAAGUCGGUCCAGUAUUUCGACUACGCUCUGGGAAACAGUUUGAGUAAAAGCAGCCGCGUGAUGACGCUGACGGAGAUCAGACAUGCACUCAAUCACGACGAGACGACGAUAGACGUCCUGAGGAUAGACUUGAAUGGCAGGGAGUGGAAGGUGCUCCGGUACAUGAUCCAGAACAGAGAGCUCAGCCAGGUCCGGCAGCUGUUUGUGGAGUACAACACCGACAUAAAUCCCAGCACAGGCGAGCUCCUCAGACGACUCUACACGCUGAAGGCGAUAGAAGAGGCCGGGUUCAAACGGUUCAACAUCCGCAAGAACCAGGAGUGUACACUCUUUAUGAAUGGUGUCCCUGAAGAGUUGUGGACGAACAUUGAUACGGGGUGUUAUGAAGUGCAUUAUGUCAACACCUUCCUAACACAAUGAUUGUACUUUAAUUCUGAAUACACUGGUGCCAUCUGUGCAAUGUAGUGUCAGUUCCCUACCCAGCACUGUAUUUACUUACACGGGAGAAAGCGAAACGACGUGCAACUACUGACUGUAAAGUUGAAUUGGUAUACAUAAUAAAGUCGAGAUUUGCCUGCUUAA